ACCCCAAGAAAUUCCUCUCAAAGCUGCACGCUUUUGCAUGUACACAAAAGAAAAAUGAAUACAACAAUAAUAAUUAAAUAAUUCAAUCUUUUCCUUUCUUUACACAAAGUAAAACUGAAAGCUGUAAAUUCGAGAGACACUUUAAGCGCCCACAACCUUUGCACUAAUGGCUUUUGCCGCUCUCCACCUCCUUCUUCUUCUCCUCCACCUCUACUUUCCACACCUCUCUCUUCACUCCCUCACAGAACCCACCUGAAAAAAAUAUUAAUGGGUUACUUCUCUUGCAAUGCCGAGUCCGCCACCGCGAUUUGCGACUCCUACAACUUUGACCUCAAGAGAAAACCCAAUAAUAAGCCCAUCGAGAUCAGGGAGUUCCCCUACGACCACCUCGUCGCCGCCACCAACGGGUUCUCCGCCGAUAGCUUUCUGGGUAAAGGAAGCCACGGAAGCGUGUACAAGGCUACUCUCGACGACGGGAAGCUCGUCGCCGCGGUUAAGAGGAUGAAAUACCCGAAGCAAACGACGUCGUUGGCGAGGCGUAGCUGCACCACGUGCGUCGCGGCGGAGAACGAGAUCGAGAUUCUUUCCCGGGUCCGACACCCCAGGCUCGUGAAUCUCAUCGGCUUCUGCCCGGACUCAAACGACGGGAAAUUGAUUGUCGUCGAGUACAUGCCCAACGGCACGCUGCACGACUUGUUGCACUCGCGGCCCAGACCGCCCGGGUGGACCCGCCGAGUCCGGCUGACCUUACACGUGGCCAAGGCGGUCCAGGCGCUACACUCUUCCAACCCGCCGGUGAUCCAUAGGGAUAUAAAGUCGUCGAACGUUUUGAUCGACGGGGAUUGGACCGCGAGGCUCGGGGACUUGGGGCUGGCUUUGAGAGGACACGUGGAGGACGUUCGCGUGAGGUGUACGCCACCGGCGGGGACGUUAGGGUACCUCGACCCGGGCUAUCUUGCGCCGGGGGAUCUCAGCGCCAAGAGUGACGUCUUCAGCUUCGGUAUUUUGCUCUUGGAAAUCGUGAGCGGAAGAAACGCCAUUGAUGUAAACUACAGUCCUCCUUCGGUGAUUGACUGGGCCCUACCGAUCAUAAAGCACGGCGAGUACGCCGCCAUAUGCGACCGGAGAAUCGGCCCUCCGGCUGACUCCGCCGUGAUUCGCCAGCUGGCGGUGUUGGCCGCCAGGUGCGUGAGGUCGACGGCGGAGAAGCGACCGUCGAUGGCGGAGGUGGUGGAGUGUUUAAAAGUUGUGAAUGAGAGAGUUCACGCGCCGAUAUGGAACAGCCUGAAGCGGCGCGUGAGGCGCGUGGAGAUGGAGGAGCAUCGACCGUCGUUUGUUGAUGGAGGUGGUAAUGAUUUGGAGGAGGUGGUACGGAGCACGAGAGGGAGUAGGAGGAAGUUGAACAGGAAGGUAUCGAGUGUGUUGGGCGCAGAGUACGAGGGUGAGGACGAGGCGAUGAUUGGAGAGCGGGUGCUGAGGUCAAGGUCGAUUGGGUCGGUCAACGAGAUUAAAGCGGGGAGUGGCGGUGGAGUGCGGAAGGGUGUAGGGGUUGCGGUGAAGGUGAGGCUGAGCAAGUCGAGGUCAGUUGGGGGAGUAUUGGGUAGUCCGAAGAUUGUGCGUCGGAACAAAAGGGGGUUUUUGAUUGAGUCGGUGAGAUUGGACAUGUCUAAAUUGGUCAUUAGUGUGGACGGUGAGAGAUCUGAUAGGAAAAUGCUCGAGAAACCUCUGGUUUCGAUCUAACAUGGCAUGGAGGAUUUGGAUCGUUUCUGUUGGGAAUGGGAAUGUUUUCCUCCAUUUCUAAUGUGGUAUGAUUUUUUGAUUUAGUUGGUGAUCAUUAUACUUCUAUAUUUUUGUAUGUAGAAUUUGAAUGAGCUUGAUCUAAUUACGAAAAUUGUACCAUAUUUUGGAAUAGUGUAAUAUUGAUUUGUCGAUAAAACACACUUGUUGGUGGAA